UAAAAUAGGAGCCAAACGGGAUUCUCUACGCAGUCCAUCUCUGACCAAAAGGCGUCAGCGUCCAGCCACCGCCGGUCUGCCGCCGCGACCACGACGGCGCCACCUACCAACAGUACAAAUGAUCCAACAUUUCCUCUCUCCUUCUGCCCCUUUCAGUACAACGUCACCAUUUUCUCUCUCUCUCUCUCUCUCUCUAACCUAAUACUAAACCCUCAUAAAUGCCGUGAAAAAUAGGUUCUAAAAAAGUCAUGCUUGUGUGCCCCGGAGCGUUCAGUUGAGUAAUUGAAUGCUGGUCCUCCUUCGCUUUCAGACGUAAACUAACAGAUUCGCCAUUUUCACCAAAUCCCUUUCUCUCUCUUGUUUUUUUCAGCUUAAAAGAGGAGAUUAAGAUUACAGCUUUUCCAUCUGAAAAGUGCUUUUCGCCUUUCCUUUUCUAUUAUAGCUACCAUGUUUAGGAGAAAGUCGAUUAACAACGAGGAGACUAAUGCUGCGGAACGAGAUGCAAAGGUCGUACAACUUAGGGAUGCUAUUGGACCAGUUUCAGGUCGAACCUUAAAAUUUUGCAGUGAUGCGUGUCUGAGGAGGUAUCUAGAAGCUCGAAAUUGGAAUCUUGCCAAAGCCCAAAAGAUGUUGGAAGAGACUAUUAAGUGGAGGUCGUCAUACAAACCCGAAGAAAUACGCUGGCAUGAAGUAGCACACGAAGGUGAAACUGGGAAAGUUUCGAAGGCCAAUUUUCUCGAUCGAAAGGGUAGAACCGUCCUUAUAAUGAGGCCUGGAAAGCAGAACACUGCAUCUCCCGAGGGCAAUAUUCGUCAUUUAGUGUAUCUAAUGGAGAAUGCAAUACUGAACCUGCCGGAAGGGCAAGAACAAAUGUCGUGGCUCAUUGACUUCAACGGCUGGUCUUUGAACACAAACGUUCCGAUGAAAACAGCUCGAGAUAUUAUCUACAUUUUGCAGAACCACUAUCCGGAGAGGCUUGCUAUAGUCGUUCUCUACAGCCCUCCGAGAAUAUUUCACGCCUUUUGGAAGGUUGUGAAAUAUUUUGUGGAUCAAAAGACGUUUGAGAAAGUAAAAUUUGUAUACCCGAAUAACAAAGAGAGCUUGGAGAUAAUGAAGACGUUCUUCGAUACUGAGAAUCUUCCGAGUGAGUUUGGUGGGGAAGGUACACUGGAAUACGACCAUGAAGAGUUUUCGAGAUUGAUGGCGCAGGAUGAUGUCAAAACCGCAAAGUUUUGGGGAUUAGGUCAAAAGGAUUGUUACCAGAAUAAUAUGAACGGCAACUGAUGUGUGUGAAAAAUCGACGAAUCUGUAGUACCUUAAUAUUGUCACAUGUAUUUGUUGUGUAAUAUAAACGACUGUCCCGAUUCUUCUUGCUGGGAUUAUGUCAGAUUAUCCGAUAACGAUUAAAUAAUUAUUUGAAUUUAUUUUAGUACAAUGAAAU